AUGGCUGACGCUGCUCCCCGUGGACGUGGAGGAUUCGGCUCGCGCGGCGACCGUGGUGGUGACCGUGGCCGUGGCCGUGGUCGUGGUCGUGGCCGUCGUGGUGGAAAGCAGGAGGAGAAGGAGUGGCAGCCCGUCACCAAGCUCGGCCGUCUCGUCAAGGCCGGCAAGAUCACCAGCAUGGAGCAGAUCUACCUCCACUCUCUGCCCGUCAAGGAGUACCAGAUCGUGGACUUCUUCCUGCCCAAGCUCAAGGAUGAGGUUAUGAAGAUCAAACCCGUCCAGAAGCAGACCCGUGCCGGUCAGCGUACCCGUUUCAAGGCUGUCGUUGUCAUCGGUGACUCCGAGGGCCACAUCGGUCUCGGUAUCAAGACCUCCAAGGAAGUCGCCACUGCCAUCCGUGCCGCCAUCACCAUCGCCAAGCUCGCUGUUCUCCCCGUCCGUCGCGGUUACUGGGGUACCAACCUUGGUGAGCCUCACUCUCUGCCCGUCAAGCAGAGUGCCAAGUGUGGUUCCGUCUCCGUCAGACUUAUCCCCGCUCCCCGUGGUACCGGUCUCGUUGCCUCCCCCGCUGUCAAGCGUCUCCUUCAGCUCGCUGGUGUCCAGGACGCCUACACCUCCUCUUCCGGCUCCACCAAGACCCUCGAGAACACCCUCAAGGCCACCUUCCUUGCCGUCGUCAACACCUACGGUUUCCUCACCCCCAACCUCUGGACCGAGACGAAGCUCACCCGGAGCCCUCUGGAGGAGUUCUCCGACGUCCUGCGCCAGGGCAAGAAGUACUAA